CACGGUAGUAGGUCAAGCCAAAUUCAAACGUAGCGAAAUGAGGAUUCCACGUCAAGGAAGGUCAAGCCUAAGGGUCAAUCUAUCAACCUCAAGCCAAGAACCACCUGGAGAUGCUCAAGCUAGCCAGCAGCUCGAGAUUAACAUGCCAGAGCCCCAAUCCCAACAAACUGAAGAUAGGGCUUCAUCACAAAGUACAAGGACUCGGGGUGCUACAGCGGCGGCAGACGUAUGGAGCAUGCCUAGUGAUGAGAAGAUUGACCUUGAGUUUAAUGAAGAUGGUCAACCCAUAAAUGAAAAUGCGAAGAGGCUAACAAGAUUUUUGGGUUCCAUCGCACGGAAUGGUAAUAAGUUGCCAAUAGAUGUAGACUCUUGGAGAGAUGUACCGAUAGAGACAAAAGAAGAGGUGUGGAAAGUCGUUCAGACAAAGUUUAAAACAAAAGAAAAUGACAAGGAUUUUGUGUUAAAGUCUCUGUCGAAGAAGUGGAGAGGUUGGAAGUGUGACCUGAAGAAAAAAUAUUUUGAUUUUGAUCCACAUAAUGCUGAUAAAGUACAAAUUAGAGAUGAUCAAAUUCAUCCCCAACAAUGGAAAAACAUGGUGCAAUAUUGGAAAUCUGAACAAGGGAGAAUGAGUAUCUUAAAUAAUUUAAAAAUGAAAAUUUUAGUUGAUGGUAUGAUAAAUAUUAUACUUUCUUUUAUGGGUGCAAGCACAGUCUGAGAUUAAUAAACAAAACCGUUCAAAGCAAACAAUGUGCCACACAGCAGGCUCAAAGAGCUUCGCAAGGAUAUGUGAGGAAUUAGUAGUUAAUUGUAUUUUUUUCU